GGGGGCUCGAGCUGACCGUCCGUCCGCUUCCACCGGUAAGUUCAUCAGACUUCGUUAACGGCUGUAACAGGUGUUGGUCCAGGCCAGAGUUGGAGCGGGUCAGAGCUUCUUUCGGGUUCCGGCUGAUCAGUUGCUCUGACCGCGUUUUGUGUCUGUUUGAGCGGGUUAACGGCUCCGCUCUGUCCGGCUAACCGGAGCUAACGUGCUAGCUUAACGGUUGUUCUGAGAGCGGCGGAAGACGUUCAGCAGCUGGUUUUACCUCCCAAGUGACUGAAAAACACUUUUAACAAAGCACUUCCUGCUGCUCAUACAGGUGUUUCUCAGCUGUUCAGUGUGUCAGUGAUUGUCUGCAGGAGAGAUGAACAGCAGGAGCCGCGGGGCCAGUCUCACCUUAAAGAGUCGCUCGGGCAACUUGGGCCGAUUCUCCAAAGUCCCUCUACAGAAGCCCGGUUGGACCAAAGAGGAGGAUGAGAAGCUGCAGCACCUGGUGAAGAAGUACGGAUCCAACAGCUGGUCUUGGGUUGCUCUCCAGUUCAGAGGUCAGAGGUCACAGCUGCAGUGUCAGCGCCGCUGGCAGCAGAACAAUAACCCAGAACUGGUCAAAGGUCCCUGGACCCAGGAAGAGGACCGCCAGGUCAUGGAGCUGGUCCAGAAGUUCGGUGUGAAGCGCUGGUCGCUCAUCGCCAAACACCUGCGCACCCGCAACGGGAAGCAGUGCCGCGAGCGCUGGCACAACCACCUGAACCCGACGGUAAUGAAGAGCAAAUGGACUCCAGAGGAGGAUCGGAUCUUAUACCAGGCCCACAGACUGGUGGGAAACCGCUGGGCGUACAUCUCCAAGCUCCUGCCCGGCAGGACGGAUAACUCUAUUAAAAACCACUGGAAUUCUACCCUGAAGAGGAAGGUGAAUAAGGAGGGAUACCUGCACUUCCUGCAAAUCCACACCUCCACCAGCUCCUCUUGCACACCUAAAUCCCCAACCUGCAGCCCCCCCAGCACUGCCAAGGCCCACAGUCUGUCCACCACCAAGAACGAGUCCUCCUGCACCUCCUGCGAUAAGAGCGCAUGCAGAAACCAGGGUAUCUCCGCCCAUCUUUGCUCCACCUGUGUCUCUACCUCCUCAGGCUACAGCUCCUCUCUGAGCAUGUGCAAGCUGGCAGCAACAGUGGAGUUGAUGGAGCUGAACCAUGAGAUGUGGACCUGCAACUCAGAAGAAGUGACCUCACAUCCUAAACACCACCGAGUGAUGCCCGCCAAUGACACUGACCUGUCUGUCAGCAGGCUGAGAAGCAGUGACGUUUCUGGUGUGAAGGAGGAACUGAUGAACAGUGAUGAAGUAGUGUCUGUCCUGGACCCGUCUUGGAGCAGAAGCAGCAUGAUGGGAGAACUGACGCUCUCUUCCUCUGAGUUCCUCAACCCAUGUGGCCUCGAGGAUCUGAAGUUCCAGCGUCCAGCUCUCACCUCCACGCCUCUUUGCUCCAUAAAACACCCCGCCAUGAGCCGGCAGGAUGACGGCUGUGUGCACUGCAGCCUGAGCUGCAGGACCCCGCCAGAGAUCCAAGAGAAGGUCAGAGCGCUGCUCGAGGCAAAUCCUCAGACCCCAACACCGCUGAAGAUCAGUGACCAGCAGUACCAGAUUACCGGGAUGUGGGUGGACAGGAGCGUCGAUCAUGAUGACAGUCAGCAGUCCAGCAGCAGCUCUGAGGUCCAGGGGGAGAGUCUGCUGAACUCCAUCCUGCAAGUCCAAAAGAGUUUCAGUUCAGUCCAGCAGCAGGUUCAGGGGCAGUCUGGCUCCAUCUCAGAGGUCCCUGCAGAGUCUGACUCUGUUCUGCACUCUGAAGAUUUUGGCUGCUACCUAUUAGAUCGACAGGUGGAUGUGUGGUGGUGCCCGCAGACCUUCAGCCACCUGGACUCAACUGAGUGUCCUGGCUACAGGGGGAACCCCUUUGAGCUGAGCGGAAAGCUGCAGGUGGAAAUGUUUGGAAGGACAGAUGACCAGGUGAGUCUGACAGAACAGGCCCAUCGCUUCUUGGAGCCCUGAUCAUGAUUCGGGUCCUGAUCCAGGAGCCGAGCUGCAGCGGUCCAAACAUGAACCCAUCAACAAACGUGAGGGAUAAAGGAAUUUGAUUGGACUACGGCAGUGAUGAUGUCAUGAAAACUGAGCUGGUCUCAGUUUGGUGAAGUUCAGCGGAUCCACUAUCAUCGACCUGGGAAACAUCUGGAACCUGCAGGACAGAUGCUCACAGGGACCAGAGAUGGAGAUCCUGGUUGUAGACGGACCAGAUGUGGCGUGUUCCUGGCGUACGAAGAGCUGUCUAAGCUGACUGAUGAUGUCUUCCAGAUGAACCUCCCUGUGAUUGGACGACGAGAACUCCUCCGUCUUCGGUCUGCUGAGUCGUCCUGACAAUCAUGACUCAGCAUUUUGUUGAGACUAGUUGGUUUCUGCAGUGUCAUCAGAUCCUCUGAUGUUUUAUUGAUUUCUUUAGCAGACCUCUUCACACAGAAACGGCCUUUUUAAUGAAACUUUGACUCUUUUAUUGAUUUUAAACGCUUGAACGUGUUUCUUGAUUUCUUUCUUGAACGGCUGCUGCUGAUGUCGUGAACGUACCUCACACAUGUUUGACGAACUUUAACCCCAGCUUGCACUUUGGAUCAUUUCUGAUCGAUUUUAACCUUUUAAAUGAGUCUGACCUCAGAAGCAGAAACACUGAGUGUUAGCUGUUUGAAUGGAACUUUAUUGGCUCUGUAUUUUUGAUACAAUAUUUGAUUUAUGUUGUCAUGACAGAAAUGUUUGCAGGAACAAACAGGAAGUGAAAGU